AAUAUUAUGUUAUUUGUUCAUAUCAGGAUAAAUCACAUCAAGCAAUGUCAAAUUUAAAGAAAGUUAACCUUAACAAAUAAUGAAGGCGUGGAUGAUUAACCUUAAAUUCUUCUGAUUUUUUUUCACCUUCGGUGCUCUUGGCCCAAUAACACGCUGUGAUUGAUCAAGGGUUAGAAGAAUAAAAACCAUUAAUUAGUUGGGAAGCUCGGGGGUUGAAAGAAAUGGAAGAAAUGAAGCCAGAAUCCAUCCUAGCAAUUGAAGGAGAUGCAAAGCAGUGUGGUAUAUCUAAGCUGCCUCAGGAUUUGAAGGAAUUGAUAUUUUCAAAGCUUCCAUUGGAAUCAAUCUGUGGCUAUCGCAUAAUCUGUAAAGAAUGGAAUUCUAUUUUGUCCUCCUUCAAUUUUUUAUCUUCACUGCCGACUCAAUAUCCAUGGCUUCUCAUCUGCAAUAAAGAAGAGAAUAAAAAUUGGGGCUAUAUGGCAUACUGCUUUUCCUCACAAAAAUGGAGGACACUGUCUCUCUCUUUUCUCCCAAACCCUAAGGGGGGCAAUACCAGAUUUUUACCAAGCAUAGGGCAGGGGUUACUGCACUUCCGGGACCUCCCCACUUCACAAUUAUUUGUUUGCAAUCCCCUUAUGAGAUCUUAUGUAGAGAUAGAUAUAGAUGUGACUGACAAAUUAAUGCAUAUCGUACAGGGAGGAAACAAAGAGCCCUAUUUGGUAGUUUUUUCGAAUUCUGGAAAUUUUUCCUUCCAGAUCUACCAGUAUUUUCAAGAUUCAUGGAGAAUCAAGUCUCAGUUUGAAGGAGAAAUGCGGUCAUCAAAUAUUCUAAGUUUUGAAAUGUUUGAGUGCAAUGGAGUUCUUUUCUUGAAGGAACUGUCGCCGGUUAGGAUUAUCAUUGGUUUCAAAAUCCAAAAUGAGGGUUUCAUUACCCCUGUUACGGUAGCUCCAUUACCCCCUGAAAUGGUUAAAGAUCUGGAUUUUGGGUAUUUUCUAUCUAUAGUUUCAUAUGGUUCGUCACUUCUUGUUGUAUCCGUCCUACUCAACAAUCCGGGGCUUGACAUUGGCGAACUUGGCCAAACUCAGGACGGGAUUGUUAUCUGGGAGUUGUUUCAGGACGAGGAAAAUGAGUUGGUCUGGAAGUGGAAAGAAUUUUUAAAAAUGCCUCCAAUGUCAGUCCAUGAAUAUCUUGGUAAAUAUUGGCGCCAUCAGACAUGUGCUUGUGUGGGAGAUUACUUGUGCUUUAGCAGCGUAUAUGGUGAUGAAAGUGUAAAGGUGUUUGCAUAUAAUCUGAAGGAAAGGUUUUGGCAACGCCUUCCACUCCGCAAAAUUAAGAACAGGAACACAAGAACGAGAAUGGUGUCGUUUGAACCGAAACCCCAUCUUUAUCAGUUUUUAAGAAAAUCGAGAGAAUGAGCUUGGAUGAUCAGUACAUUUUGACAGAACCAGGGAUAAUAUAAUUAUGGUGAUAAGUGUGUAAUGUAAUGAAUCUUCUACAUAGGAGUCCAUUUUGGAGAAAGGGAGCUUCUUAUAGUGCCAUCCUAUAGUUAUUUUUUGGGAUAAUAUAAUUAUGGUGAUAAGUGUGUAAUGUAAUGAAUCUUCUACAUCGGAGUCCAUUUUGGAGAAAGGGAGCUUCUUAUAGUGCCAUCCUAUAGUUAUUUUUUGCGAAUUUGUUGCCAGGAAUAUUUUACACUGAUUUUCAGGAUAUGACAGUGGACAUGCAAUUCUAGUGAUGACAAUUGUAUACACAUUUUAUGAAUUUUUUGGUCUAUUUGAUGUCAUGGUUGUCAGAAAGUUGUUGAUUUUGCUGCUGAAAAUAUUGGUCACAACAGUAUGGAUGCUUUGGUUGUUGGAGAUCAACAAGAGAACAUUGUUCAGGCAGUUAGAGCUGGUUCCUCAGCCACAGAUGCAGAGUUUUUAAAGCAGGGUGUUAGUAGCGGUACAUCUUGUGUUACUGCUCUUAUUAAGGAUGUCAUGGUAGUCUCCAAUGCUGGGGACUGUCAAGCUGUAAUUAGUAGAGAUGGCCAUGCCGAAGCUCUCACUAAUGAUCAUCAAGCAGCAAGGGAGGAUGAGCAAGAACGGAUUGAGAAUUCAGUAAUGAAUCUUCUACCUAGGAGUCUAUUUUGGGGAAAGGGAGCUUCUUAUAGUGCCAUCCUAUAGUAAUUUUUUGUGAAUUUGUUGCCAGAAAUAUUUUACACCGAUUUUCAGGAUAUGACAGUGGACAUGCAAUUUUAGUGAUGACAAUUGUAUACACAUUUUAUGUUAGUUUCUGCAUCCUCUAUCUUGCUCUAAUGAUCCAGUGAACUGUUAAGAUAUGAACUCUAUUUCCAUGCAUUAGCAUUCCUGUGAUCUGUUAUUUUUUAAGAUUGAUAUUCUUGUGAUUUCAAUUUGGCAAUCGUGUAGUACUGGAACCUUCAGGUCAUUUGCAAUAUUGUUCUAAUUGUUCUCAUUUUGUCUAUAUUUAGCAUUGAGAUUACAUUUGCCCUGUAGUUGACAUUCUUGGAGACUUUGUGCACCCUAUGGCCAUUAAGUUUAAUUGGUGGAGAUGGAAAUGCAGCAAGGGUUGUUGCUAUAAAAUUUAUUUUAGAAUUACUACUGGUGUUACAUGCACAACUACAAUUCAUUAAAAAAAAUAAUGUAGAUCAUUUAGCUAACUAUACAUGGAUUAUAAACAUGCUUAUAAUGAUAUUGCUAAUACUCAUCCAUUCUCUCAUUUCAUGAUAAUUAUAUGGUCCUUUAUGAUUUCAAAUUCUAUUUGUAUGUUAAUAAUUGAUUGUACAGUGGGUUUUCCUUCAUUAUAAGAUGUCGCUCUGCUUCACAGAUGUUUAAUCUUGAGAUCAACAUGCUGUUGGUAUUAUUAUGAUUGUUUUUUCUAUCAUUAGUUCUAUGGUUUGAAAACAGAGAAAAAUCUUAGCUUCGUUUUUAAUUUGUUAAAUUAGAAAUUUAUUCCAUAGUUCCUGCCUUGCAUGGAACUAUAGCGGAGGGCAGCCAUUAAGUUUUAAUUAUCCUUCCUGCAACCAAUAACAAUUCAGAUUUUUGUUAGGUGCUGCUUUAUUCCUAUGUUCAAUCAGAGGAAUGUGAAAUUUUUCAAGUCUAAAAUUUAGAAAACAUAUUUUUUCGGUGAUCUGAUUGGAUUGCAUUCGGUGCCAACAGAUUGUCAGAAAAAGGACAAAAGCUUUUUUGGCUGCAUUUCAUUGGCAUUAUAGAUGGUUUUAUUCUUGGAAAACCCUCCACCUGAGGGUGAAAAACCCAGCCCACUCAAAAAUGAACUUUAUUAUAUCUCUGAAACUCAAUACAACUGUUGAUAGUUUCAGAUUACUACCAAUCACAAUAAGAUAAAAUUGAUUGUACAAUGUUCUCAACUUGCUACAAGACAAACGACAGAAGCAAGCAAUAUAUAACUAUCCAUCUGCCGAAGAAGAAUAAUAACGAAAAUGGAAGAGCAAUGAAUAUAAAGAAUCGGAAUUGCAAGUGAAGAGACACCACGAAGAAAGAGGAAAAGACACCAACAGUUACAUCUUCACCGACAGCCAUAUGGACAUGAAGAGUCACUGACGGCCACAACUACACCGUCAGCCACAUAGACAUGAAGAGUCACCGGCAGAGAAGUGAAGAGACUCCAUGGUGGAGAGGAAGAGUCACCGACAGAGAAGUGAAGAGACUCCUCGGUGGAGAGGAGGAGUUAGAUAUUAUCUUAGAUCUCUAUUGCAGCUAUAAAUAUUCAAUAAAGAGAAGGAUUCAGAAGAUAUAACAGAAGUAUAGCUUGGUGAUCCAAGAUAAGUUAUAACAGAAUAGCAAUUUCUAGACUAUCUGCAGGACUUUGUUAUUAAACAAAUUGAGUUUGUAAGAAGUCUUCACCAAUAUGAUUUCAAUCUAUUUUGGUCUUGCCUCCCA